GAGAAGGAGGGGAGGGAAACUACAGCUCCCAGCAGCCUUGUCCCUGGAAGGACAUAGUUCGCUGGCACGGGGAGAGGGCAGGAUUUGGGGACACGGGCGGUCCUGCCACCAGCAGAGCCGAAGGGCCUGCGGGAAGGGCAAGCGGCGGGGCCAGUGCUGGGCUCCUCCUGCCUUCUCUCUGCUUCACUUCGCUUCCCCGACCUGCUCCGGACCUGCCCGGGAAUCACUGCUCCAGUCUUUCUGCUUCUCAGGCUUACGGCCAUUUAGUUGCAAUUCCUGAGGCCAAGAUGGGAUGGUGCUUGUGAAGGGGCUCGGUCACUUGAACACUCAAACAACAAGGAGAAAUAUCUCCUUAUGACUGAAGGAGAAAGUGAAACAAAACUGUGCAGAAGUCAGAUCUCCAGGGGAGAAAGAAAAUGGAAGAAAAUCCAAGCAUGGAUCUGUCUGGAGCUGGGCCAGCCCAAGGUGAGGUGGAGAGCACAGCAGAGCAUCCUGCACCCCAAGAGCCCCCCCAAGAAACACUUGAGCACCAAGUGACAAGCAGGGGUCCUGAGACCCCCUGCAAACCAGAGGAGGACUCUUUGGUGUGUGAAUCACCAGCAGCUGAUGGAGGAGAGACAACACUGUCAGAUUCAGCUGGCCCUACAGUAGAGGAGAGUGUUCCUCAGGAAACUGAAGUAUCACUGGAAGAAUCUGGGAAGACAAGAGAUGCUGCCUCAGAAAGAUCCCAGGAAGAGGAUGACUUGGAUGAAGCCAGUUUGGCCUGCAGUAAGAUGGACAGCAAAGGAGACAGUCCUGUCCACCAGGAAUCACAGGAGAACCAGGAAAUGAGCAGCCAGUGUGAAAGCUCCUAUACAGCAGAGGAAGAUGCUUCAUCAAGAAGCAAGUCUCUCAGCUCCAGCAGUAAAAUGACACAUUCAGAUGUGACUGCCUCAGAAGAUGUCCCCAGGGGCCUGUUGGCAGAGAAGAGCACCAGUGCCCCUGUCCAAGAUCAGGAGCCAGAGGAGCACGAUGGGCAAGAAACACAGGAGAGUGGAUCCCAAGGCGUGUUAAGAAGCAGACAUGGGACCAAAGGGCAAGCAACUCCAAAGGCAGAGGAUCAGACAUUGCAAAGUGCCACCACCCAAAACACAGACCAGAAGAAAGCCAAAGUGUCCCUGAAAGGUGAGGAAAAGAAGCUUCCCUUGUGCAUUACUCAUCGGCCAGAAGGCACUGGUCCUCCAGGAACAAGGUUUAUUGCCACGGCCUUCAUAUUUCUCAUCUUCUUCGUCUUCCACGUCAUUACCCUGACCUCCAAGUCCCAGCAAGUCCCCAAGAACCUGGCAGUGGAGGCCUUUCUGUCCCAGUUCAACCAACUGCAGGGCAGGUUUCCAGGCCAGAGUCCCCAGCUGUGGCUUCGAGGGCGCAAGCUCCUGCAGAAGCACCUCAAUGCCUCCCACCACACCCAGCCAGCCAUCAUCAUCUUCACAGCCGCCCGCGGGGGCGAGCGGACCUUGCGAUGCCUUAGCAACCAGGUGGCUGGUGCCUACGCAGCCGCCCUGCAGGCCAGCACGGUCCAGAUUGAUGGGGGGAGUAAAUCCAGCCUCCAGAGUGACCAGGCCAAGGAGGAGGUGGAUGAAGAGCUUAGCUCAGCUUUCCAGGCCGGGCGCCGUGCUGCAGUGAUCCACCGCUUUGAGCUGCUGCCGGCAGAAGCCACCCUCAUCUUCUACAAGUACUGCGACCACGAAAGUGCUGCUUUCAAGGAUGUGGCCCUGCUGCUGACUGUGCUGCUGGAGGAGGAGAUGCUGGAGGCUCACAUCAGCCCUUAUCAGGCAGAAGAGAAGGUCCGUGACUUCCUCCAGGCCAAGCUCACCAGCACCAAGACCCCCAGCUCCUACAACCACAUGGAUCCUGACAAGCUGAGUGGGCUGUGGAGCCGCAUCUCCCACCUGGUCCUACCGAUCCACCCAGUACAGACCUCUGAGAAGGGGGACUGCUAAAGUUCACACCAAAUCCUAGGGACAAAGGCUGCCAGAGAGGCCCAGGAAGGGUCAGAAAGAUGGUCCUGGCUGACUCCGGUGCAGGUGGAGGCACAACUAGUGCUAUUUCUCUUCAGUUUGUUUCCCGUACCUUCCUGGUACAAGUAGAUCCAGACCACUUGACCAGCUGAGUCCUGGAGAAGACAGGUCAGAUGCUUCUUUCUGGCAGAUGGGAAGAAUGGAUAUUUUAGACUGCUAAUUGCACAGGAGAACGUGUGGGGAGGCAGGAGGGAAGAGUGGACUUUGCAGGUAGCAUUUCUAUCAGGAAAUACACAAAGAACAUACACAACUAGUAUGCCAGAAAGUUCCUUCAGUUCUGCAGCUCUUUCAUUGCUCCCUGCCCCUCAGUUUGCUGAUGUUGUGUGCAUCAGUCUCACCAUGUACUUUAGAAGGUUUCUCUCUCUGCAGAGCACUCCUGGAACACGGGAGGGUCAAAUUCCCCAAAGCCUAAAGUCAUGCUUCAAAAAGAAAGCCAGUUUGCUAGUCAAGGGUUUGACCAGCCAGUCCUGAAGGAGCCCCAUUUGCACAGACUGAUUGACACCCAGCAAAGACUGAACCCGAAAUAUAAGAUGUUCAAACAAACCUGCAACUCAGAAAUCCCUAAACAUCAAUUACAGGAAAUCUCAGGUUGUCAGCACUUAAAACGCUGCACUAAACUGGGAAUCCCAUGUGCCAGGGAACAAGCUCUAAAGACAGAGAGCAAUGAAACAGAAACCACCUCGCUGUCAGUGUGAAUCCUCCAGGGAUUCCACAGGUGAAAGAAUUAGUAAUGCAGUUUAACUUUAUGCUACCUCCUAAAAAAAAAUUAAAAAAGGUCCACUUUUGAUCCAUUUGCCACCACGAGGCCAUGACCAUCUCUUUGGGCUGACCAGCUUUGGUCAUACCCCAGAGCUUGCUCUUCACCCAGAUCUCUGGCAGGACACCGUCUGCCUGCCUCUCCCCUGCUAAUUUUAUUGAUGAAUGUAGAUGUUAACUUUGAUAUUUAUUUCAAACCAUGUAGGGCAGCACACCAGGUGUCUGCCCUCCAAAGGUACCUUUACCUUCCUGCUAGGCAGCUGCUGCUCUGGCACAUGCUAAAGCAGCCAGGAGCUGGGAUUAGCUGGUAAAGAUGAAGUCUCUGGCAUUAACACAAAAAAUCCUCAAGGAAGCAGGCUGGUUUUUUAAUGUGCCUCCUCUUCUUCACCCCAGGAAGAGAAAUCCAAGUCCUGGGAACACUCUGGUGCCCCUUCAUGCUGCAUUUCUGCAGGCACUCUGGGGCAGAGCAGCCAACUCAGGGAACACCUGAGGAUUAAGGUGCAUUUCUGUUAAGCCAACAGUCAGCCCCAGGUGCCAGCCCCUCAUGCCUGCAGUGCUGCCUGCCCAGAAGGAGCAGACCACAGCUCCUUCCCACACAGGCAGCACAGACUGGGGCCUUGCAGAGCCAGGCUCUUGUGUCCAAACAAGACACAAAUGAAGAACACUAUGGUGUUUUCACAAGCAGGGCAUUUGAGUGCUCCUUAACAGCAACUGGACCCUGGCCUUGGCCGGGUGUCCCACCAAGCGUGCCUUGCUGAUCUGCACCACCCACGGCUCAGCUGGGUGCACCCUGAACCCACAGCCUGCCUCUCCUUUCCUCCCACUGUGUGCCUUGUCCUGUCUCGGGAGACUUGUGGCCAUUAACUUGGAGGAGGGAACAAAAACGAAGGAAAAGGAGGGGGAUACCUGCUCAAAUUCUAACAAAAAAAAAAGGACUUUUUGUUUGUCUGGGGACAUGCAAGCAAGACCACCGGGGUUUUAACCCCUGCAAGGCAGCCCGGGGCAUGAUUUUGUACAAGAUCUGGGUUGCUUCCUUCCCUCCCUCCUUUUCACUGGGAUACACUACUUUGGGAAGACAAAACACUGUUUCUGCUCUGCACGGUUCAGGAUGGAUGUUGAUGUAAGAACCGGCAAAGCCUCAAUCACGUUACGUCAAUAUCCUGAGGGAAAUCUGUAUGUUCACAUUAUCUCACUCACAGUUUUUAUGUCCCUGUGUUUGUCCUGCACAGCCAAGGAGUGCAAGGGCAACCUGGCCCUGCUUGGGCACAGCGCUGUAAGCCUCAUCCACCCCUGAGAUCUUUUUCUGACCUUUCAAGAGACAAAAUAUCUGCUUGCUUCUGAAACAAAACUCCUAUUUAAAAAUAAACAAUGAGAUUGUGAAAGAAAUCAGCAAAGCCUUCAAAAUGAGGCUGGAGUCUUACCUUA